GGUUUCUCCAUAGUGAAAAGUGACUCGUUAUUCUCUACCCCCAUGUUAUAAGGAUGAGUUAUAAGGCUCAGUUAAUGCAUAAGGACAUUUAAUUUCUUUGAUUCUUUGGUUUCGACUAAAUAAACUAUCGCUUAUAAUGUGCAGUUUAUUGCUGCCUUGACCAGCAACUUUUUUUUUUUUAAACAAUUCAUGUCUCUAGAAUCCAGUUAAAAUUCUGCACUUAGUCCUAGAAAUCCUCAUAAAUUUCAGCUACAGGGAGAGUUUGGCCCAUCCGGAGAUCUCAAAGCCAUGUGAACUCCUAUAUUAAGAACUGACUUCAAGAAAAGCAUGACAUGAAGCACAGGCACUGAGGCCUCGCCUGAGCUGAUGCUUUUGAAGUCAAGGAAAGGGCAGUAGGAAAUCAGCUACAACACAGCAUGAAAUUUCCAGAGAGAUUUUAUAUCAAACCUUUAUAAGGAUCAAGAAGCACAUAAACGUCUGCCAGGAAGAAUUGAACUGGCCUAUGUUUGGGAGGAAAGACAAUGUGUGCCCAGCCUGUAACUAACACCAAGGAGGCCAAGUGGCAGAAAGUCUUGUAUGAGCGACAGCCCUUUCCUGAUAACUAUGUGGACCGGCGGUUUCUGGAAGAACUCAGGAAAAACAUCUAUGCUCGGAAAUACCAAUACUGGGCUGUGGUGUUUGAGUCCAGUGUGGUGAUACAGCAGCUGUGCAGUGUCUGUGUUUUUGUGGUUAUCUGGUGGUAUAUGGAUGAGGGGCUUCUGGCUCCCCACUGGCUUUUUGGGACGGGCCUAGCUUCUUCAUUGAUCGGCUACGUUUUAUUUGAUCUCAUUGAUGGAGGAGAAGGACGGAAGAAAAGCGGGCGGACCCGGUGGGCUGAUUUGAAGAGUGCCCUGGUCUUUAUUACUUUCACAUACGGCUUUUCGCCAGUGCUUAAGACCCUGACAGAAUCUGUCAGCACCGACACCAUCUACGCCAUGUCAGUCUUCAUGCUUUUAGGCCACCUCAUCUUCUUUGAUUACGGUGCCAAUGCUGCCAUUGUAUCCAGCACACUGUCCUUGAACAUGGCCAUCUUUGCAUCCGUCUGCCUUGCCUCACGCCUGCCCCGGUCCCUGCAUGCCUUCAUCAUGGUGACUUUUGCCAUCCAGAUUUUUGCCCUGUGGCCCAUGUUGCAGAAGAAACUGAAGGCAUGUACUCCCCGCAGCUAUGUGGGCGUCACACUGCUCUUUGCAUUUUCAGCCUUGGGAGGCCUGCUGUCCAUUAGUGCCGUGGGUGCUGUGCUGUUUGCGCUUCUGCUGGUUUCCAUCUCAUGUCUCUGCCCUUUCUACCUUAUUCGCCUGCAGGUUUUUAAAGAGAACAUUCAUGGGCCUUGGGAUGAAGCUGAAAUCAAAGAAGACUUGUCCAGGUUCCUUAGCUAACUAAGCUAGGGGCCUCUGUUCCAUUCUUAAGACAAAGCGGAUAGACUAACCACCCAACUAGUGUUAAGAUCUGAAGGCAGAAUUCCACUCGGGAAGCAGCAUGCCGAUGUGGUUGGGAGAACAGACAUCAAGAGAAAAGGUUAACGAAGACUUGGGAAGCUGCUUAUCCUUUUGUUACUUUAUGGAUGAGCCAGCUUAUGGGCCCUCUUGAAUUAUCACCACUUAUUUAAUACUUGCUGUAACAAGUGACGUGAUGUCUUUAAAAAAAAAAAUAACAUCUUCAAAUUGUCUCAAUUGUUUUGUUUGUUUUUUGGUCCACAGGAAGAGGGCACAUACAGAGCUUAAGUGAAUUAAAAAUGUGUUUGUGUAUAAAGUCACUUCCACCUCAGGUUUUAGAAUCUGGAAUUCUGUGUCAGUUUUAUUGCCUAAGAUCACAGAAUUGGUGACUUAGCCUUAUUCUUAGUAGUAUCUGUCUACAGCUAACUGCAGGGAGGGUUGAUGUGUCAUAAUACACAAGGAAGAGGCUGGGGGGGAUUCAGAGAGGCGAGAGAGCAGGUCGAGCUGGAUUCAUUAGGAAAUAUUAGCAGAGAUGGCCUGUGAGCUAAGGCUUGGCAGUUAGAUGGGCCGUAAUUGCCAAAAAGAGGUGUUAGGAGGCAAAGGCUCUCAGGAGCCAGCUUGGUAACGACACAUGAAGCCAGUAUAUUUCGUGUGACUAAUGGCAACCGGAAAACAAAAGAGCAUGCUCAGCCCAAUGAUGACAAGGGCCGCUCUGCUCCAGCUGAAUGCUUUUAGUUAGAAUUUGGGCCUGGUUUCAGAUCUUUUGAGUUCCAAAUAAAACACUAAAUAAAACCCCAAUAGUUAUAAAUGUGAUCUUUAAUAGAACUCCAACUUGUAAAUUCUGUCUGAUUUAUAUUAAGCCAAAAACACUUGCGUGCAAAGUGGGACUACCUCUGUGUCACAUCUGUUCUUAGCAUAGGCCCAAAGAUGGGGAGUUGCAUGGUGAGUGGGUGGGUGCAGGGUGAGGCAGCAGCCUUAAUUCAGAUGGAAAUGUGCUGUCAUGGAGGACAGUUCAACCUGAGUAGACAGUGUCACUCAGAUGCCCAGGGCCUAAUGCAUCUAGGAGUGGAGAGAGGCAGAAAAGACAGGUGGUCGUGAGGGGAGUGAGGUUGAGAGGGCAGAAUAGCUGGAAUGAGUUUGUC